AUGCUCCGCCACUUUUCGACUUGCUCAACAGCCUUCCGCCGAGCACCGCUGCCUCCCAAGCUAUCCGCCGCACACGACCACCGACGUCCCCCGCCCCUCCACGUAUCCGACACGGUCAUCGACCGCAAAUCGCGCUUCCUCGGCCAUGCGGCGUCCGUGACAUGUCUCGCAGACGUUGCGGCCGUCAUCGACGUCCUUCUCCAAGACAAGAAGAUAGCGCGCGCAACUCACCCGGCCAUCUACGCAUACCGGAUAGGCAAGGAGUCUGGCUCUGACGACAGCGGCGAGUCACAGGCCGGAAACAGACUGCUCGCAAUGUUGGAGCAGCACAAGGCUGAGAACGCGCUCGUCGUUGUUACCCGGUGGUAUGGAGGCUCCCAUUUGGGAGCGGACCGGUUCCGCCGCAUCAAUGAGGCUGGACGUGGCGCCCUGCUGGCGGCGGGGCUGAUAUGA